GGAGUUCGACAGCUUGUAUUCUUUCAUUAUCAAAAACAUCCGGUAUUUUAAAUGCAGCGACAUUAGGCGAUUCAGCAUACCUUCUCAUUCGUAACGGACAACUUUUAUAUGAAUCACCAUCACAACAACAUUUCUUUAAUUGCCCAUAUCAAUUAACCAUUAUUCCGGAGGAUUUUCCGAAUCAAAAGCUUUAUUUUAAAGAUAGACCUAGCGACGCUUACCAGGCUAGCCAUCAACUUCAAGAUGGGGAUGUUAUUCUGUUAGCCACAGAUGGAUUCUUUGAUAAUGUAUUCACUGAGGAAGCAGUUUCUAUUGUAAACAAGGAACUUCGUGACGUUAUUGGCCGUGAUAGAAAAGUAUGGGACAAUGAUUUUGAAGAACUUAGAGCUCAUGUAAGAAAAUUGUCAAGAACAUUAACAAAUACAGCAAGACGUUGUUCCAUGGAUCCUAAGAGAGUGAGUCCUUUCUCUCAAAGUGCAAAGAAAAGCGGAGAAAGUCGCAUUGGCGG